AUGGACGAGUCCACGGAGUCACAGCGCAAACGGCCAUACAGGUCUCAGCGAAUCAAUUACUGUGCGCUCAAUGAUGGCAUCGACGAGGAGGCUCCACCAGAAGACCGCAUUAUUGAGAUCCCUCCUUCGAAAAGGGCACGCAGUAGCGUUGAACCGAUUACUCCUGAUGACUCUGCAAGCCAAUUAAGCCGGGCUCGAAGUCCACUCGUGGCGAUCUGCUCCCAAAAUGAACUGACUGCGGAGGCGUUGCCUGACGUGGUCAGUAUCUCCAAUGAAUCUGGCCUUUCUCGAAGAAAGAUGCAGAAUCAAGCUCUCUGGGCACAUUUCGACUGUUCCCCGCUACCGGGAAGGAUGUGGUGGCCAAAAAGGGGAAAGGGCCCAAUCAACGACCGGGAGGUGCGCUGCAAGCGAUGCAAUUGGAAAACGACAGAUUCUACAAGGGCAACAUCAACAUCCAAUAUGAUGUUCCAUCUCUCUAAACAUGGUAUUAUCCUAAGUGGCCCUGAAAACAGUUCGGAGGACGAUAGAAGCAGCAUAAAACAGCCGUCAGUUAGCAGCUUCUUCCAGAAGCGGACUGAGGAGCAGAGAGCAAAGGUCCUGGAGCAAAACCUGGUUCGGUGGGUGGUUAUAGACGACAUGGCAUUUGACGCCAUAGAAUCGCCCCCCUUCCAACAGAUCUUCCAGGACUUGGGUGUUUCACUCCCUUUCGCAUCUCGCAUGACAAUGGCUCGUCGAAUCGAUCGUGAUUUCGACAAUUGUCGGGAGCAGUUGAUUGAAGAGCUAGAGCAGACAUGCCAAACGAUCUCUCUUUCGCUAGACGCUUGGACGAGCAAGAAUUCAAAAGCCAUGUUCGGGGUUGUUGGCCACUGGUUGACAGUGGAUUUUCAGUACCGAGAGCGGGUUCUUGAAUUUACGGAAAUCCACGGCAUUCAUAGCGGAGAGAACAUGGCAGAAAUUCUUCAGACGCUUCUCACAGAACUUCGAAUCGAACACAAGCUCCUCGCGAUCACAGCAGACAAUGCCACAAGCAAUGAGCGCUUGCUAUCGGAAUUAUAUCUCAAUCUCACCGAGAAAUUUCAAGCCAUGUACGGAGCCGUGAGUGCUGCAAGAGCCCUACGAUUUCAAGGAGUGGAUAGUUAUAUUCGCUGCACUGCGCAUGUGCUCAAUCUGAUUGUCAGCGAUAUACUCGUCAUGUUGCAAGCAGGGGACCACGCGUCGGCGAAUGCAGCUUGUGAUCUCAUGCAGGAAAACAAAGAGAUUGGCCCGCAAUCACCGUUGGCUCGCCUUCGGAUUAUGGCGCUUUGGAUUGCAAGAACCCCGCAGCGGAAGCAGCAGUGGAAGAUCAUCUGCCAGAGCAAUGGGCUCAAGGACAAGUUCAUCGAGUACGAUGUGGAUACACGGUGGAAUUCGACACACCGAAUGCUCCGAGACGCCCUGAACGCGAAGCAGCAAAUCAAGAAAUGGAUCCACCAUCAGUUAGAUUUUCCACCCUUCAGUGCUGAGGAUUGGGAUCGUCUCCAACAAAUUGAGGGCUUCUUAGCCAGGUUUGAGGAGUUCACCCUCACUGUUUCCAAGCGUCAACCGCAAAUUACCUUAGCCAUCCCCAUUUACUAUGAACUGCACGAUCUGUUGCAUGAUGCUGCGUCUAGGGAGGGAGAAUUCUCGGAUCUGCACCUGGAGAUUUCUGCUGCUGCUGCUGCGGGCUUGAAAAAGUUCCAAAAAUACUACAACCUGAUGGAUGGACAAGACGCCUAUUAUGUCGCCCUAGUGCUUGAUCCGCGAUUUAAAACGCUCUUGCUAGACAGAGAUCUAGGCAAGCUCACAGCACCCCAAGUUGUCACGCACAUCAAAGAACUACUGCAUGAUCAAUAUCCAUUGGCAGUCGACUCGUCGGCAAAGCCCUCUAAGGAGCAGCCGAGCCUGAAGAAGAGCAUAGAGGCCCGUUUACUUCAGAAGCUGCAACCUAAGAAGAGACAUUCAUCUGACAUUGACCGGUACUUUGAGGAUGACGUCGUCACGAUAAAUGAGUCGAUUUCACAGGACAAGAAUUGGCUUUUAUCGUGGUGGAGAGCACAGAGGAACGAAUACCCACAGCUAGCUACUGCUGCACGAGACUAUCUGGCCAUUCCUGCAUCAUCAGUGUCGGUGGAGAGACUAUUCAACAAGGGACGAGAUUUACUGGGUGUCAGGAGAAACACCUUGAGCGCGAAGACUAUGCGGCGGUUGAUGUUGUUACGAGAUAUAUAUCUCUCUGAGGAAUAUUAA